AUGUCCACGAAUACGCUGACCGCCUCGGGCGGUGGAGACACGGUGGCGCUGCUUGUAGAGAAAUUGAGUGCUGCCAGUGACAGCGGCGUUGCCCUUUCGUCGGAAGUACAAAUAAUUCUCAAUGAGCUUGCCGCGAAGUGUGCCGGCGCUGAAGAUGACGAGGAUGAAGAUGGCGGCACACACACGCGGGCUAUCCGCGGCCCGGGCCUUGACCUGGGGGAAUUCAACUCCUUGGUGACAUUGGUGUUGGAAGGCAAUUUGUCGUUGUCGCAAAAAUUGUUUAUAGUGAAAAGAAUCUUUUUGUCCGAGGAGAUUGGCCGUGACGGAUGUCCCGGUGCGACUUUGCAAAUGACCCCAACGAUGGCGUUGCGAGUUUUGGGGGGCGUGGGGAAACCCAUGCGGAAGGGCACGACCUGGCACAAGGGCGUGCCCAUCACGCUCCAGACGGUACUCCUACACUGGCUCGUCAGCAGUGUUCACUUGAUUGAGGACCAAAGUCGGUUCCUCGGUCGUAGCUUGUCGUUGUUGUACGGACUCUUGGUGUACGAGUUCCUGCGGCCGUACGUGGUCCAGCUCAUCUUCUUGGCGGUCAGAAGGGACGCCACGCGAGUGAAACGAUGGCAGGUGCAACUUGUCAUGGACUUGUGGGUCCGUUUCCCCACCGACGUUCUGUUGCGUGGGUUGGUGGCGAUGUACCGCUGGAUCGGCAUCGACACGCGUCCGUGGCGGGAAGCCAUCCGGGGGUUAGUCAUCGGAAACGUUUCGGCUGUGUUUGACUACCCGCUCAUAGCGGACAUCAAGAGGCUCAACGACGACAAACUGCCAUUGGCAGCCAACCUCAGACUCUACCAUGAGUUCCAAAUUAGCAAGGCCGCGGGUAACAAGAAUGUUUUUAGAGGCCUCGAUGGCUCCAAACGGAGACGGCUUGAGAUUAGCGUGGUGACCGAGAUCUUGGACGAGGAGUCCACCACUAACCAGAAUAGUAGCCACGUGGCGAUGGGCGACUCCCUGAUCAUCCAGACCAUAAGCUCCAACACUGCCGUGUUCAACCCACUGAGCAUCUUCUACAACGACAGCUCGGCCAUCUCCACUACCAAGGACAAGGUUUUCCAUUUACUUAUGGCAGGGACGUUUGACAACUACGCCAACAUCGACUGCUACCUCCGGCUCACGUUGCUUGACGCCAACUCCUCGCACGAUGACUUAUCAGUUCUCGUGGUGAAAGUGGCAGACUUCCUUGCCCAUGGAGCUCCUCUAGACAGACUCCCAGUGGUGACAGACUUCAUUUUGGGCAAGAUCCGGCCCGAUUUACUUCUGUUGCGGCUUCAAUUGUUGAGGUAUUUGCCCCCACAGAGCUGUUCCAUUGAAAGCUUGAAGGAAUAUUUGCUCGACCCGAUCAUUACCAUCAUCAAGAGCCAGAGCCUGAACCAGAGCCCUGACUUCUCCACGUUCCGCCAGCUCUGCUACGAGUUGUCCAACAUGUUUGCCUACUGGUACUCCCAAGAACAUUCGCAGACCGAUCUGGCAGAUCUGGCCCACAAUAGCAACUCACUGUCCAUUUUCCAAAUCAUCGAUGCAACACUCCCCAUCAUCUACUCACUCUAUACAAGUCUUGUUCUCCGCCGUGGGAUAACCCUGUUUGCCUUGGACAUGCUGAUUCUUCCCAUUCUUCUGUUUGUUCAACUGCUCUGUCCAGAGCAUCUCAACGUGCUCUCACCGCUGACAGUGGCCCUCCCGCCGGUCAUGGUGCACCACAUGGUUCUCAACAACAGCCCGCUCGUGGUAUCUGCAGUGUGUGGCUACGUCUCAUUCGAGAAGGCAUUCAACUUUGCCCUGGCCCUGGAGUUGGAGUACCGGCGACUCCACAACGGGUAUCUCAUGGACAUACUCAAUUUCCUUUGGAGAGACCGAUGUCUCAAAGACCAGCAGUCCGCGCUGCUGCCCAACCGGGCAAUGCACUUCCCGCUGAAAUACGUGGCGCAAUUACAAUCGCUCAGUGUCUUCGACUACUCCGACAUGAUCCAAUUCGAGUCCAUGGGGAGCAUUUUCAACAAUCCGGCAUGGGCGUAUCUCACCACCGAGAUCGUUCGACAACUCGAGGACGACGCCGAAGUGAGUGUUCGUCAUGCGGGGCCACCGACCGAACACAGUGUCAACUCCUUAAUUGAAGACCAGGGGUCGUCGUGGCUCCCGGAAAUGACCUACCUCAAACUAAAAGUGGCGGUGCUCCGGAAGUUGGACGAUCAAGGAUUCAAAGGUUUGGUGGAUAUCAACUUCUCUUCGAUCAAGAGCUUACAAGGAACAAGACACCUUCGAUAG